AUGGUCUUAAUUCUCUUACUACAAUGUUUAUGGUAUGUUUUUCUUAAUCAUCCAAAAGUUCCUUCAUCUUUAAUUCUCAUCAACCUAUUAUUAUUUCUUCAAAUGUUUCCUUCUCAGGCUGCCAUUUAUUCAGACGUCAACACGUCUACCCUGCCGCCGCCCUGUGUAUGUCCGUCCGUCUCCUGUAACCCUUUCCUGCUUCCUUUCGGUAAGGGCCCUGGGAUGACACUCCAGCUGAUGGGUUUUGACCUGUAUGUGUCUAUCACAUUCAUUAUAUUUUCCAUACUUCAUAUUUCCACUUGGUUCUUGUUCCUGCUUCAUACUGCUAAUAUUUCCCUGUAUAUUUACUUUGCUUUAUUUUCAAUUCUUGGUUAG